AAACAAAAUUGUUGUUCAUGGUCUAAGAGUGCAAAACUUGUCUGCUUUAUACGAUAAAGCUCUACUAUCAACGCAUUUUAACAAAUAGAGUGCACAAUAUUUAAUAUUUAAUGAAACAAUUGAAAAUCAUUUCCUUGAUGAGAUAACAUCGAAAGUUGUUUGCUUUCGAAACUUCCCUGGAAAUUCUUAUUCAUUUGUACCCCUCAAACCAGAUCAUGCAGCAGAGCGAUUUUAAUUACAUUUCCGAAAACUCUGACAUUCAACACGAGACCUCAUCUUCACAAACGCUGUAUCUGAUACAACCAAGCCCAAGUACAACAACUUCUUUGGACAGUGCAACUUCGUCUGCUAUUCAAUCAUUUAUCAAUGACGCGUGUCAAAAAGCCAUUGAAAAGGUGGAAGAACGUAACAAGCUCAUAUUGCUCAGAGUUACGGAGGAAAUUCAAGGGCUGCGUAAAGAUGUUGGCGAAUUGCGGAAAGCGGUAUCUCAUAAUAACUCUACCAUUUUACCAACCAGACUGUUUAGCACCGUUGAAGAUUUUCUUCAGUUUGAGAAAGCUGUUCAGGAAGAUAUGGAUAAAUUCUCCUUGCUGAAAGCCGAUCUAAAACGAUUGUCAACAUCAAGUUCAAGGAAAUUUGUUACAAAAUCGGGGCAAAAACUUAUGCAUAACAAAGUUGCAGAAAGCUUUUCGUGGAAAGGUACUGUAGACAACAAGUGUAUUAGAGCCUUCUCUGUCGCCACUGCCAUUCGUCAAACUUUCACUUGCGAAAAUGGAGGCAAGGAAGAGGAUUUUGUGUUUGCCUCGAAAUCUUUUUUCCAAUACGCUAAAAAUCUUAUUAAAAUUAAAGCACCAAAAGAAAAUACAAAAUAAAGUA